AACUGCGGUCUUUUGAAAUGCAGGAUAAAAUUUCAGUAAUCUUCUUUAGUGACCACGGAAAGCUUGUAGUGUGAUUAGCUGUUGUUAAAAUAUAAGGUAGGAAAGUGUCGAGGGAAAGAAAGAAAGACUGUGUGCAAGGGAGGCAACAAUGCAGGGGAACACCGAGAAAACCACAGUGCAGGCCCCUGCCGAGAAUCGAGGCUGCACAGAGUUCGCCACCAGUGGUCUGUGGGAUUUCUUUGUGGUAUUCUGAAUGUGUUCAUGUGGAGUAAACUUGGGAGGAGAGGGUUGUCUUUCACUGCUUUGUAUCCUGUUACCUGUACUCAAUGUUUUGAAUCUGGGUGAACACCCGGCAGCUACCCAGAAAAACCUGCGUGUGGCACAUCAUACCACGACACAGUGAAGCACAUCGGUCUGACACUGCGAUAUAUUUCACUGCAUUACAUCGGCUUUAUACUUUGAUUGAUCAUGUGUGAAAUAUACCCACAAAGACUUCAUUGAAAAAAACUUGGAGCUUAUGCAGACGAAGUGCGAUAAGUAUCACACCUGCACCGGGGAGUUGUUUAACUCGGAGAACAUCUACCGCAUUAUUGCAGGUGGCAAUAUUCAGCUACGUAACAUCUGUGGUCUAGUGUACAGCAGUUCUAAUGGCAGCUACAGAACGCUGAAUGACCAGUGCUCACCCACAGAGAGGGAGUCCAUCAGACAGCAGUUGAACGAUGAACUUAUAGCCAAAACGGAAAAACAGACGGACGAGAAGUCCGCAUGGGGAAAAUUAUCUGCCUGCUUAGACAGACGUAAAAUGGACGACGAAGAUCCUAUAAACACCUUGUGCAGGAUAAAGGGAAGCACUACAGCCCCGCUGUGCAACAUGACUGAUGUGCAAACGACAACGGAGACAUUUUUCAACGAGAAGCUGAGCGAGUUUCACUGCUCCUGCGAUGCUGUCAAGGCAUUAACUCAGGAAUCGCCCGUGCGACUGGGUGCGCUGCUUGGCGGGAUCUGCAGUGGGGCGGUCGUUCUGCUCCUUAUCGUUGUCAUCAUCGUCCUUUGCCUUCGACACCGCAAGCUCAAGCGCCGUUUGACAGCGGAGUCCAAAAGUUCAGGAAACAAUAUGUCGCCAAUGGAUGAUUCUUGGCCCAUCUACCAGGAGAUUAAUGAUCCUUCUCGGGGUCCCGAUGCUUGGCUGAAUUGGGGCAACCCUGGUUACCGGCUGGCCCACCGACCAGCCACGCUACCCAACCGCUACACGCUUACCUAUCUUAAGGGUGCUGCCAGCCCCAACGACCACGAGUACCUGGAGCCGCUGCCGGACAUCAGCAACGUGCAGCCUGGACAGACGCUGCCAGGCCCUUUGCGGGACCUCCAGUACGAUCUUGCCCAGCAGGUCGCGCCCUCCCCGAACACUGAGAGGAAGACGAUGGCGGGAGAUAGUGCGGAGGGUGUCAGCAAACCGCCAGAGGAGAGCACCUAUUUCGAGAAGCUCGACUGGCAGGCCGGGAAGGACAACGACGAGGACGGAGGCUACUCCACCUUGGUCCGCAAGCCCACUCUGCGCGUCCGGGGUCCACCGGAAGUCGGCGAAGAGUUGCAGCCCCUCAACAGCCAACCACCAGCUUCAGAGGAAGAUCAAGGACAUAGUAGUACUGCCGACCCACCGUACUUUGUGCUGGUGUAGAGACUGAGCCAGGAACAGUCUUAUGCCAUACCAGUAUUAUGAUUUCACACCUUGCAACACGUGUAGAUGUUAUAAAUAUGCAUGAGGUCUUUUGUCGCGAUUGUUUGCUCGUGUGCUUCAUUGUGUAAUAUGUGCUGCAAAAGGUUUUUAAUGUUUAAUGCGCCGACACGUGUGUGAGAGAGAGAAUGUGUAGACAAUGGUAAAAGUUGUUGACACCUGUCUAAUUUUUAUUAAGCGGAGGCGACCUGAAGCAGUCUUUGUACUAUUGUCGGGAAGAUGUGUUACAGUGUAUCUUGUCUGUCCUCCCCUCUUUUAAACUUUGGUGUGUUUUUUAAAAAUUUAUUUGACCACUUUGUCGCAAGUCAGAGCUGCGGAAAAUAAUUUAAAAUACCAAAGCUGAUCACAGAUAGAUAAAACGGUUUUGAUAAAAUUUAUUUUAAUGGGGGGAAGUGACUUUUUAUUUAGAAGAUUAUUAGUUAAAA